AUGGGAAAGAUCAUCUUCUACGAGGACAGGAACUUCGGUGGCCGCUAUUAUGAGUGCAUGAGCGACUGCUCUGAUCUGCACUCCUACUUCAGCCGCUGCAACUCCUGCAGGGUGGAAAGUGGAUGCUGGAUGAUUUACGAGCGCCCCAACUACAUGGGGUACCAGUACUACCUGAGGAGGGGAGAUUAUCCUGACUACCAUCGCUGGAUGGGCAUGGGCGACUGCAUCAGGUCCUGCCGUAUGAUCCCCAUGUACCAAGGAUCCUACAGGAUAAGGCUGUAUGACCGCUAUGAAAUGGGAGGCCAGAUGAUGGAGAUGAUGGACGACUGUCCCAACAUGAUGGACCGUUUCCGCUGGUCUGACUGCCACUCCUGCCAUGUGAUGGAUGGCCACUGGCUGUUCUACGAGCAGCCCAACUACAGGGGCCGGAUGUACUACAUGAGGCCUGGGCAGUACAUGAGAUACAGCGACUGGGGUUCCAUGAGCUCCAGGAUCGGCUCCAUCAGGCGCAUCAUGGAUUACUGA